UCUUCUUCUUCUUCUUCUUCUUCUUCUUCUUCUUCUUCUUCUUUCUAUAUUCGUCGAACCCUCGAGAAUGGCUACCAUCGAAGGCGUUCCGAUCCUUUUGGUCACAGCAAACGUCGGCAGUAUCUUCGAAGAGCCUAGUGUCAUGUUAAAGAUAUGGACAGAAGAAUUUUUAUCGACCAUAUCGCGUCUAGAUUCGAAGUUUAUAGCGCUGCACUGCCAAGAAGUAGGUGGAAAAAAUUAUGAACAAAGUAUGAGACACGUGGAAGACUUUGUUAGCUUACUAAUGUCUUCAGAAGAACUAAGGCUGUUUGAUAAAACAAGAGUAUUUCUAGAUGAGGAUUAUUCGUCGGCUGAACACUUUACGGCACUGGGAAAUUUUUAUUUUAUUCACGAGUCUUUAAAAGACGUUUUAUUGUGGGAUUUCAAAGAAUGCUCUUUUGCACCGGUAUGUGGCAAGGAAACUCAUUCUGGUAAUAUAGAGGCAGUUACGACCAAAGAAAAAGCAAAGUUCCCUCAAGACUUUUUCCCAGAAUGUAAGUGGUCCAGAAAAGGAUAUUUGCGAACGCGAUGGAGUAUUAAUGGAACAGUUUUUGAUCUCAUAAACAUACAUCUGUUCCACGAUGCAAGUAAUUUUAUUGCAAUGGAAACUUUUCCAUCCGUUUAUAGUAAGACGCGCAGAAGAGCGCUGGAGCAUACGUUGGAUAGAUUUCACAGUGACAAAUAUCCAAAAGCACCGUACUUUUUAUUUGGUGAUUUUAAUUUUAGAACUGACACUGCUGGUGUAAUUAAGAAACUCACUGAGGAUACUCAAGAAAGAAAACUAUCGAAUAAAGGAAAUAUUUCUAAAUUACAAUUUCACAACAAGGAAGAUAAUCUCGUAUUAUCAUUGGGGAAAAAAGAGUUCUCGUAUUAUGAACAUCAAAAUGUUUUUGUCGAUAAUAGUGGACAAUGGCUACGAGAAUAUGACAAGGAAUUGGAAGACUUUGAAGGAAGAUUGUUUGAAUUUCCAAUUAAUUUUAUUCCAAGUUAUCCUUUUCAAGAGGAUGUAAAUGAAGCUACAAGUUAUAUGCAAACAAGAGUGCCAGCUUGGUGCGACAGAGUAUUACUGAGCCCCACUGCAAAGAUGCUAGUCCAAAACAUAUCCUCUUCUAAUGCAGUAGAGUAUGGUAUAAUAGGAAGAACAACUUGCAUGGGUGAUCAUAAGCCAGUCUACUUGAGGGUUAAUCUCGCACCAGAAGCAGGUAUGAUUAAUUGCUGCAGCUUGCCAUGCGCACCAGAGUUUUGCUUUCGAGUUCCUGACAAUUACUUGGAUUUGUUACCAAUGUUGCCUGAUAGCACUAGUUACGUUAGUGCACGAACGCUCUCUGCUGAUCGUUCAUCCAACCUUUUGCACGCAGCACCUAUUAAGCAUGAUCCCUAUACUCCGGAUAGUAUGGACAGUCCAAGUCCAAACGCUAUUUUAGUGUCGGGCGAAGUUCCUGAUAUAGAUAUCGAUCAUAUAAUUGAUGCUAGUGACAGUGUUUUAACGCUUCAAUCGGCUCAUUCGUCGAAUAUACCAAGACGCAUCGAUAGAGCUGUAUCACCAGCUUUAUUGAAAUCAAAAUUAGAAUUAAUUGCACGUGAUAAAAAGCGUGAAGCAGAUAUGGAAGGACAGUCCGUUAUGAAAAAGAGUAGUAGUCAAUGUCGCUUACACUCGUGGCCUGAUACUCAGGAACAGUAUUCGGACAUAGAGAAAAGGAGAUGCAAUAGCGACAUUUUAUGGCAAAGAUCGCAUAUAUUAACCGAAGCUUGGAUCGAGGGGAAAGGCCAACAGGGUUAUCACAAUUUUGACGACUCUAUGAAUUUAUCGACUUCUAAUUUAAAUCCACCUGGCGGUGAAUUGAUUAUACCACGUAUAGCGAUAAUCAAUGCAAGUAACAUCGAAUCCAACGAAAGUUCGGUUUACUUGCACGAUAAUAAAUGCAAUAAUUAUUUAGAGAAUAAGUCAAACGUAUACUCGAGUAGUCAAACAAAUCUAACGUACGAAGAGCCACUGAAUGCAGAAAAAAAAGCUCAUGAAACUGGACUCCAUUUGUCGUCAGCUGCAAACGAGGAACCAUUGAAACAAGACGUAAAGAAAUAUUUAAAUGAAAAAUCAAUAGAAGAUAUGGCAUCGGUAGGUAGCAAAGUGAACGAAUUAAUGGAGGAAACUUCCGACGAAAGUAUACAAAACAUACGAGACGUAGGAUCGAAUGUAGAUGGCGAAAAUUAUUAUAGUGAAAUGCAUAGAAGCUGUGAAGCGGAUAAUACGUUAACUACCAAUAGUGUGAAUUUAUGUGUUCCAAGAGAAAAUUUGGAAUGUGAGGAAAUUCAUUCUAAAGAAUUUUCUAUCAAAAUUAAUAGUACAAGUAUAGAGGAGCUUAGGAAACAAGAUAGAGUAGUUAAUACGCAGUCACAAAUUUCGGGUCAAGACAAAUGCGAUAGUGAUAUAAGAAUAGCAUCUUCGAGUGUAUGUAGAAUAAUAGGUAACGAGGUAGAGAUAUUGAGAUGCGAGAGUAAGCCAGAGAUGGCUUCCAAAAAUACUACUAGAAGUAAUUCAAUAAAAAGUCAAGAUAUUGGCGAUAAUACGGGGAAUGUUAGAUUGAAAUUGAAAGCAUACAAGGUAACGCAAAAAUAUAAAAAUAAUAUUGUACAAAAGCAGAGUAGAUGUCAAAGAUGUUGCUGCGUUGUUUCGUGAGAGUCAUCGUUCGUUAUUGUUUUUUUUUUAAAGGCCCUACUUUUUCUAUUCCAUAUGUUUUUCAUUAUAACUUUUAUCACUUGCAUAGAGUAUUUAUUUAACUUAAAUCAUUCUAUAUCAUCUUUAUAUUUCCAGUUCAAAUUAUGUGACUGAUUGUGACUGGUAUAUAAAUCAAAGAUAUAUUAUUUAAAUAUUUCUUAUAAAGAAAUAGUAUUACUUUUUCUUAUGUGUCUUAAGAAGUUACGAUGUGUGGCAAGUAGGAAGAGAGAAAAUUAGAAAAAUAUAGAAUGAUAAUAGAAGAAAAUAAUUUUAAUAUAUUUUAUAUGAAAGUAAGAAUAAUAACACUCGAACUCGUUAUACCUCGUUUAAAAUUAGAUAUUGUCCGAUUUACUUCCUGCUUAUAUCUGUAAAAAUAUCAAUAUUUUUUUUUUUUUUUUUUUUUUUUUGAUUGCAUGUCGUGUGACGAUUUCAGUAGAUGCAUCCGAAGCUUUAUCAUACUGCCUUGAUAAUUAUUUUCUAACAAAUGCUAUUGAAAUACAAAUUUACUGUGCGCUCUAAGACUCACAAUGAAUAUCUAUAUAUUCAAACUCUAUGAAUUUAAUUAUUGUACUUGCUUUAUUCAUAAUGCAUGUUUGAAAUAAACCAGACAUGAUUUUAGAACGUUAUUAUCUCUAAAAAAAUUUUUGUUGAAAUUCAAGAUAUCAGUAUUUUUUAUAGCAAAGUGACGACGAUUUUAUUUUUAAAUAGUUUCCGAUUUGAUAGUCAACAAAAAGUAAUGUCAAUUGUAAUAUUACAUAACGUCUUCUUAGGUUUAAUUUCAAUUUUCUAUUGAGAUCUUGCUUUUUUUUAACGCUUCAGAAUGCGUAACUUCUCAAAAUAAGCAUGUCUCGAUCUUUCUUGCAUGUAAAGUGAUAUCUAGGAGACUUAUUUAUAUCUAUAAAGCAAUCAUAUUUAGAUGUGUAUGUAUACGUCUAUAUAUUACAUCUGAUAUGUGAACUUAAUAGCCAAAGCUUUAGAUUUGUUAUAAUUCUAAAAUAUAUAUUAAUUUAUCUAAUAAAUAUUGUGAAGAUAUGACAGUACAAUAUUAUUAUUUUAUAGUGUUUUAUUUAUACUUUUUUAAAUUAUCUAUGUCUAUCUACAAUCUAUGCAUUAUUCAAUUACAAUGUUUAAUAUGACGUUAUUUCGAUACGUAUAAACGUUUUUGUAUUGCAUUCCUUCGUGGUAAUAAACUGCUAAUGUACGAUGUAAAAUAAGUAGUCAAAAUUAAAAUCAACGAAUUUUUAACGUGUAUACGAAUAGGAUAAAUAAUUCUUUAGAAAGAUCUUUAAAACAAUUGGAUGAACAAUUAAUAUCCAAUAGUUUUUUUUUCUUUUUUUUUCUAAAAAACUAACUUGUUCUCAAAACUGUUUUAUAAAUUAUCACAAAUUUUAAGUAUCCGCAAUAAGUAUAAGUUUGCUGUUAUUAAUCUGAAUAAUAUUGUAAUUAUAUAAUAAGUUAAAUGCUUGAAAAAAGAGUUUGUUUACAAUGUUUUAUCAUAAACUCGUAUAUUAGACGUAAUAAUAUUUGAAAAAAGUUUAUUCUCUACAAAACUUGCUAAGAAUCGUUUACAAAAGUUGUAUAUGCGAAAGUGGAGGUUAAUCGAAUUUCAGUUCUUGUAAAUAUAAAUUUCUUUUUAUAUA